CUCGUUCUUGUGGUAAUGUAACUCCUCACAUUUCAUGACUUUCGAAUUGCUUUUCUAACAGUUGUUUUAAACUGGACAGGACAAUAAAGCUGUAAAGACCUCCCCCGCGUUUGCGUGUAUCACCUUCAAGAGAUAAGAACUAUUCCAUGCACACUUAGUGCGUAAUGGCGCAUCACAGCCCUCGAUGGUGGUGCAUUUAAAUUUGUUCCGGCGGCUUUGCUGAACCGUGUUGUCUGGAAAUAUGCAAAAGGAAGGCAUGCCUGCACGGUGGCAAGAGGCAAAGCGACAGAAUAAAUGUUCAAGUCUGCAUAAAGCCUAAGCUUUUACAUGCAAACAAUAUAGUAUUCAGACGCUUUGUAAUCAUCAACUCUAAUCUAAUUAGGCUGCGUGUUUUCCUCAGUGGGUACAGGGUUACAAUUAGUUUUAUUAUGUAAUUUAAUUAGAGUGAUGCAUAUAUAUAUAAUCUUAUUCUAUUUUUUGUUUUUGUCUGAAUGUAGUAUAGUCUGACCACAUUUACAGGCGGGCUGGUGGGAGGCGCCACAUAGGUAGGUGCUGGUAAUGUUUUACUCAGUUAAGCGCAGUUAAGUCAAACUCACGAUGGUAUACUCUGGCAAAUGCCACGAUCCAAAAACCUAUUGGAAGGGGACUAUUUCAAAAUGUGAGCCGUGUCCAGGUCCAGCUCCUGGCUUUGAGAUCACGCCAAACUGUGGCAAAGAUGAUAACGGGGGGAUCCACGAAGCCUCCAAGAGAGCGUGUGAAGCCGGUAGAACCUUUAAUGAUGGGAGCGAUGUGUAUUGUCGGCCGUGUACUUCAUGCCAUCCCGGGUAUAUCACCACAAACCCGUGCAGUACAACUACUGACACCCAGUGCCAAGAGCCGCGAAGGACGACCGAGGUGUCAACCACAGUGCCAACAACAACAACAACAACAACAAUAACAACAACAACAACAGCAACAUCACAGCAUGUUUCUACUUCUUCAUGUCCACAUGAACAGAUAAAGACAGAAGUGUCUGGUCCUGCUGUACUGUGGGCAGUACCAUUAGCGAUCCUAAUCAUCAUCAUACUCGUUAUGAUAGCUGCAUGUGUGCUCUACAUGAAGAGGAAACGAGGUCACCAAGCAGUGUUGGGCUACAGCAGAAGAUCUUCAUACAUCAAUUCAGGGUUCUCUUCUCUCUCUACUGGUAACGACCUGGAGGACAUCCUGAGUCCCAGCGUCCUGUCAGCACCUUUACAGACAGUGCUGGACAACCUGGAUGUUUUGGAAGAGCUGGUGAUUUUGUUGGAUCCAGAAAGCCAAGGAGUCAAGAACACCAGACAUCUGGCGUCUCAUUUCUCCUUCCCCGCCACCUGGGUUACUUACACCUACUCUAUGAAGGAAAGCAAGAGCCCCCUGACAGCUGUGUUGGAGGGCGUCACAAGCAGGCAGCCUGACUCGACCGUGGGGCACCUGGCUAAGGUGCUACGACAGAUGGAGCGCAACGAUGCCAUUGCUGUUCUCACCAAGCUCAAACUGAAAAUGAUACAGCAGGUGUAACAUUUCUUCAGAAAUCCGGAGAGAUGGCGUGAAAAGAAUCUUCUUGAUCUGAUCAGUGUUAACAUGAAGGAAAAAUACAGGAGUGGUGCGAUACCCACUCUGUUUACAUGAUUUGCACACAUAAUGUAGAAGAAUUAAUAGCCAAAUGAAGUAUUAUUCAGCAAAUGUUGAUUUUGAUUCUAAGAAAGCCCCUUGUAACAUUUACACGACACAGUAUUAGGGCCACGCGAAAGAGGUAAUACUACGAGAAUAAAGUCAUAAUUUAAUGACAAUAAAGUCAUUUGAUGCAAGGAAAAGCCGUAAUAUUACAAGCACGAGUAAACAGAUAAGAGCAGUCUGUCUUUUAUGUGUCUAAUGAGUGAUGUUGAAGAUACAGUGUGUAGGAUUUUGGGGCAUCUGAUGGCAUAAAUUGAAAAUAAAAUUCAUAUGUUUUCAUUAGUUUAUAAUCACCUGAAAAUAAUAAUUUGUUGUGUUUUCAUUACCUUAGAAUGAGCUGUUUAUAUCUACAUAGGGAGCAGUUCCUCCUUUAUGGUGUCCACCAUGAUGUUCUACAGUAGCCCAGGAUGGACAAACCAAACGCUGGCUCUAGAUAGGGUUUUUGCAUUUUAGUGUCAGCUAAAAGUUUCAGCUGGCUGCAAUGUUGCAAAUUCAACACUAGAUGCCACUCAACCCUACACAGUAGACCUUUAAUGACCGCAAGUUAUGUUUCACCAGUAAGCACCCGAUUAUCAGAGCCAAUAGAAACCUGCCGCACAAUGUAUGAGAUGAUAACCAGCUGUGCUUUUGAAGAUGGAGUUCAUCAGGGAAGGUUUUGUCCAGACAGAGUGAAAAAAGCAUGAGUGGUGAUGUAAGCUCACUGGGCUUUAAAACACAGACUCCAUCUGUGCUGUAGUCAGCUGUGCAUUACAUAAGUGCUCCAUGCUCAGAUGGCCGACUCCCCUUAAGACUGUCAGAGACACGUGAGCUUUUUGGGACUAGCUCUGGAUAAGACGUUUGGGAAAGCCCCUUUGUGCAGGCUUUCAUUUGAGAUGGAAAACCGAAACCGCUUGAAAACACUUUUGAUCAGGGACAAACCUCACCAUUGUACGACCUAUUGCCUGCACAAAUAUUUACUACACUAACUCUGAUUAAGCCAGAGCACAGCUGCUUCCUCAAGAAUUUUCAGUGGGCAGAUCAAAGUAGGAAGACUGUCCCAAGCAGAUCAGAGAUGCCUAUAAAAGUGGAGGAAGUAGGGGAGGCAUCACACUGUAGUCUAAACACGAUUUUUAGUCAAAAUAACUGAAGACUCCGGACGCCUGUGGACCGUCAGGAAGGCGUAAUCCAAUCAAUUUACGAGCAUAACAUGACCCGAAGCAACCUAUUAUGACUUAAUUCUCUUAUGUUGAGACUUACAGUGGCCCUAAUAUUGUGAUACAUUCCAGUCAAUGCUUAUUGCUUCACAUGAUUAUUUUUUCUAGUGUUUCACUACUUAUAAUAAAAAAAAGAA